AAUUCACGAUUGUCAGAUAGAUGCGGCGAUGGCGUUGAGUGGAUUGCUUUCAAGAAAGGCUUUGUCAGCCUCUCUGCUGACUAAGCGUCUGCCAUGCCGAGUACUUGUUGCAACAAUGGCGUCGAGAAGCCAGAGUAGUAAAUCCGGCACGGAAAGACCAAUUGCGACACGAUGGAACGAGGACCUGUUCGUGCAGAAGCCUUCAGAGAUUUUCGGCAAGAAAAUUAUGCAUUACGAGUAUGAGCAGAAGGAUGGGUUUCCCAAGGUUGUGUUUCUGCACGGUAAUCCAACAUCGUCGUACCUAUGGCGCAAUAUCUUGCCGCAUCUGACUGAUCUGCGAAUUCGUAUGCUGGCACCUGAUUUGUAUGGUAUGGGAGACAGUGCAAAAACGUUAGAUGAGAACUACCAAUAUAGAUUUAUGCAGCACGUCGAGUAUUUGGAUGAGUGGUUCAGACAGCAAGGGCUGGACAAGUGCAAUGACGUCAUCCUGGUGUUGCACGACUGGGGCUCUGCGCUAGGCUUCCACUGGGCCAACCGACACCGCGACUGCGUCAAGGCCAUUGUGCACAUGGAGAGCUUGGUGCAUGCACCGAUACCGUGGAGUACAUUCCCCGAGGAGGGUCGCAAGGUCUUCCAGCUGCUGCGUUCGGACGCAGGGGAGGAAAUGAUCUACGAGAAGAACUUCUUUGUCGAGCGCUUACUGCCCAACUCCAUCCUGCGAAAGUUGUCGUUUGAUGAAAUGAGGCAGUACAGGCGGCCGUUUGAGCUCGACUUGCAGCGUUUCCGCCGGCCGACGCUGACCUGGCCGCGAGAAAUCCCGAUUGAGGGCGAGGGCCCUGAGGACGUCGAGGAAGUGAUCAAGUCCUACGCGUCGUGGCUGGCCGAGGCGCCGCUGCCAAAGCUGUUUAUCGGCGCUGACCCAGGCUACUUCACCAAGGCGUGCCUGAAGGCGAUGCGCGACUGGCCCAACCAGAAGGUGGUCAGCGUGCCCGGACUGCACUUCCUGCAGGAGGACUCGCCGCACGAGAUCGGCGAGCACAUCAAGGAGUUCGUGACUGACCUUGUGCAGGUACCUUCCAAGUUAUAACCUUGCUUUCAAUUGGCGUGUGAAGUAUGGUGGCGACGGCGGCGGUGGUGUGGACUUUUGUUGUUUGGCGAUGAGCUGGCCUCAUCGCCUUUGUUGACUUUAACUACUUUUUUGUUUACAUCUAGAUCAGAUUUCUCGGCACAUGUGCUUGAGUUAGCAUUCUAUCAAACUCA